CACGCGCGCGCUCGCCGGAGCCCCGCCCCGCCCCGCCCCAACGGAGGCAGGAGCGGGGCUUGGCGUUCAGCCCCGGUGGGAAAGGAGUUUCGCGGUGGCGGUCCGCACCUGGUGCUUUGUAGCCCCUUUACGAGCUUGGGGAAAGUGUCUGUAGGCCUCUCGUUAGCGAGCGGCGGGCAUCCGCGGGUUAAUGACAGGCGCGCGCUUGGCCGUCUCUUCCACUUUGCUGGUGAGGACUGGAACUGGCGCCAGGAAAUAUUAGGAAGACGUGAUUUUUCAAAACUAAUUAUGAGAACAUUUGUCAUUGGAAUUGGUGGGUGAGUAACUUUGCUGCAAACAGCUGGUCACGAUAGCCAGAUGACCUAAUGAAGUUUUCACAUGGUUGUGAUGGUGAAAGGAGAAGCAGUGGGAAAUCUGGAGUCCUGGAGAAGAGCAGGCCACAGCAGAGUGCUGCUACAUCAAUACCAGCAAGAGAUGGGAGCAUUUCUCAUAGAAAGAGAAGGUGUGACAAAUGGUGGGAAGACAACACUGGCAAAGAACUUGCAGAAACACCUCCCAAACUGCAGCAUAAUAUCUCAGGAUGACUUCUUUAAGCCAGAGUCUGAGAUAGAGACAGAUAAAAAUGGAUUUUUGCAGUAUGAUGUGCUUGAAGCACUUAACAUGGAAGAGAUGAUGUCAGCUAUUUCCUGCUGGAUGGAAAGUCCAGGACAUUCUGUGGGAUCAACAGAUGGCAGAAGUACUGAAGAAAUUCCCAUUUUAAUCAUCGAAGGAUUCCUUCUGUUUAAUUAUAAGCCCCUUGACACUCUAUGGAAUAGAAGCUACUUUCUGACCAUUCCCUAUGAAGAAUGCAAGAGGAGAAGGAGUACAAGGGUCUAUGAGCCUCCAGACCCCCCAGGGUACUUUGAUGGCCAUGUGUGGCCCAUGUACCUAAAGCACAGACGAGAAAUGGAGAACAUCACAUGGGAGGUUGUUUACUUAGAUGGAACAAAACCAGAAGAGGACCUUUUUUCACAAGUAUAUGAAGAUAUAACGCAACAACUUGAAAAACAAAAGUAUUGCCCCUGAGUGGAUAAAUUUUGGAACUGAGUAUUGAGUACAGAAAGAGGCCUGACCCUGCUGACGGAGAAUCAUUACAUUUUACUUUUCUCCCUAUUUGAGCUUGUGAAAAUAAUAGACCAGAGAAGGUCUGUCUUGCAGGGAAGGAUAUUUAAAAAUAGAAGCACUUUGGAAAGACAUAGAUAUCUUCUUACUACUGUUAGUGAGAAAUAAAUCAGGAAUAUGAAAUAGAAUUCCUGUGCUUCAUUUCUGUAUUUGCUGUUUCACAUACAGCUACUCCUCAUCAAAGAAGUUAAUGGUGACAUUGAAUGUAGAAAAAUACAGCCAAAAUUUGACAAGGAACAAAUCUGCUGAAGACUUCCCUAUCUGUUCAUAAACAACUUCAAUCCCUUGAGGAUGAAUUUACUGUGGGGAGGUUUUAUUGUGCUUAGUAUUAAACAUAGGGAGAGAUUAAAAGGCACAUAGAUUAUUAUGAUUAAAGUUGAGAUUCAAGUGCACAGUCUGCCCACCAGUUUGCCAUUUAAGGAUAAGCUUGUGAUACUACAUGGAACUAUAAAAUUGGAGCAAUAUCAGCUGUUCCAGUGCCGUUCCUCGAUAUGGAGGCUGAAACUAGAGUGCUGACCUGUCCAACAACGUGCAGCUGUAGGCUCAGGGCCAGGCCACAACUCCAACACCACAUAGCCAUGGACUGCUACGAUACACCAUCUCCCAUUCCUUCCCUUUUAAGAGAGCAAAUGAAGGAGCCCCAAAAGGCAAGAGCUGAGUCAGGGAAAAAUGAAACUUUCUGCUCUGAGUUUUUGGAGCUUAGGGAGGCAAGCCAACUCAUGAAGUUAACUGUGAGGAAGGAGCGGAGAGCUCCAGGACACGGGCUGUGCUGACCUUAGUUUUGUGACUCUAGCUGUUCUAUCAAGGCUCCAUCAAUGGUGGAGAGUUAGGAAAAAGUAAGGCUACAGAAAGAGGAUGGGCAUUACUCUUCCACAUCUGUGUACACACAUGAAUAAAGGGGAAUUGCAAUAGCAGCUUUGGGGCCCUGAUCAGGGUAAUAUGAUCAGCAAAUAAGAGAACAUCAAAAACAAAAUAUCUUGGGCUUAGGAGCAAGGUCAGAGGUAGGGGCCACAGGCACCACAUCUGGUCACAAAGGUUUCAAGAAGCCCCUGAAACAGCCCAAGAAGCAGACCAAAGAGAUGGAUGAGGAAAAUAAGACUUCCAAGCAGAAACAAGCAGAAUGAACUCAAGGAGCUAAAAGCAAAGGACACAGGGAAGAGCCCCCUGACCACAGGUGAAAUUAAGAAAUCUGGCAAAAAACAAGCUGUUUCUAGUGCCUGAGAU